AUGGAAGAGCCAGGACCAGCAGAGGACAGAGGCCCCAUUCUAGACCCAGUGAAGAAGGUGUUUGAGGGGCAAGUGAAGGGGUCCUGUGUCCCCCCCCUCCCCUUCCCCAUCAGCAGCCUCAAAGCCCGCUGUGUUCCUGUUGGCCCACAGCAGCAGGAGGAGGAAGAGCAGCAGGAGGAGGAGGAAGAGCAGCAGGAGGAGGAAGAGCAGCAGGAGAAGGAGGAACAGCAGCAGGAGGAGGAAGAGCAGCAGGAGGAGGAGGAGGAACAGCAGGAGGAGGAGGAAGAGCAGCAGGAGGAGGAGGAGAAACAGCAGUAA